UUUCUUGAAGAGGAAGAAGAGACCAAACUCUCACUGCAGAAAAGCACAAGCUCCGCCAUUGGUUUAUUUUAACACAUUUUAUUCUCUCUUCUGUUGUUGCUUCUGUAAUCUGCCACUGCAAAAUCAAAGGGACACUCUCUACUCAUAACUCAAAAUCCCAAAAAAGAGGAGAAAGAGAGCAAAACCCUAAAACGUGAAACCCUAGUAAUCCUCAAACAAUGAGUCGAGGGAGCGGAGGCGGAUACGAUCGCCACAUCACUAUUUUCUCCCCUGAGGGUCGUCUCUUCCAAGUUGAGUAUGCUUUCAAGGCUGUUAAGGCUGCUGGGAUCACCUCAAUCGGUGUACGAGGAAAGGAUUCAGUUUGUGUUGUUACUCAGAAGAAGGUUCCGGACAAGCUAUUGGAUCAGACAAGUGUUACACAUCUGUUUCCCAUCACCAAGUACCUUGGUUUACUGGCAACUGGAAUGACAGCUGAUGCUAGGACAUUAGUUCAGCAAGCAAGAAAUGAAGCUGCUGAGUUUCGGUUUAGAUAUGGAUAUGAGAUGCCUGUGGACAUAUUGGCUAAAUGGAUUGCAGACAAAUCUCAAGUCUAUACUCAACAUGCUUACAUGAGACCACUUGGAGUAGUUGCCAUGGUUUUGGGUAUUGACGAUGAAUUUGGCCCCCGCCUUUACAAGUGCGACCCAGCUGGUCAUUACUUUGGUCACAAGGCCACAAGUGCUGGAUUGAAGGACCAAGAGGCGAUUAAUUUCUUGGAAAAGAAGAUGAAGAGUGACCCUUCAUUUACUUAUGAGGAGACUGUUCAGACUGCGAUCUCUGCUUUGCAAUCAGUUCUUCAGGAGGAUUUUAAGGCCACUGAGAUUGAGGUUGGAGUUGUCCAAAAAGAGAAUCCGGAAUUCAGAAUUUUAUCGACGGAGGAGAUCGACGAGCACUUGACUGCAAUAAGUGAGCGCGACUGAGUUGGUGGGUUUAGAUGAAAACAAGGAUAGACUGUUGAAACUCUUGUUAAAUUAUCAUCAUCACCUCUUUAAUUUCGGGGAUCAUUGAAUUAAUAUUGGAGUGUUAACAAAGUCUCGUUCAACUGCAGACUAAGCAAGAACCGAGGUUGUUUGUUUUCACCUUUUUCUUGGAUGAUUGAUCAUGUUUAUUUCCCUUCGUUAUCUUGAUGGAUAAGAUAUGUCAAAAGCCGUUAUACCA